CGACGACAUACCGUAAUUAUCGAAUUUGUGGCCCUGGGGUGACCUAUUAGAAGACUGAAUGGGCUACAUUCUUUCGCACCUGUCAGCAAGCUAGCCAGUCGCUCGUACUGUUUUCUAAUGAACUACGGAACAGAACAUAUACGUGUAAAUUCCCGGGAGGCAUCCUGGAGGAUCUACUGAGCGCUGUGUUUGUUGCGGGAGUGCACAAUGAUGCGACGAGAAGACACCUGAUGUUCCAGGAACUCAAGUCUUUUGAUGAAACGCUGCAGCUUGCCAGAAGGUUUGAAGCGAGACAGGAGCAAGCGAAGAUGAACAAUAACUUGGAGGAGGAUAUUCCCACGGUAAAGGUCAUCCGGAAGGCAGGAAAAGGCAAUGCUAGACAGCCGAGCCCACGGAAGACGAAGGCCUGUUACCGAUGUGGUGGGACGAAUCAUGAUCAAGCGGACUGCAAAUUUCGCAAUCAGCCUUGCCGGAAAUGUGGUAAGGAUGGACAUAUUGCGAAAGUUUGCAGAUCCGGAGCGGCAAAGAGAAGAGGAGCCCAGCGACGCAGUGGCCGAGUUGAAGGGGUAUACGACGUACUGAACACAACCACUGCCGAAGGUGAUCCCAUCAUGGUGCACUUAACGGUCUGCCGACGGAAAGUUGCAUUCGAGCUGGACACGGGAUCGGUGAAGACCAUUGCGACCAGGAAGAUGCGGAUCGAACUGAAGCGACCGGAUCUGUUUCCAUGUGGCGCGAAACUCCGUAGCUUCUCAGGACACGAGAUCCCUGUCCUUGGAGCCUGUUACGUCGGAGUGCGUUGUGAAGGCGGCAGUGAAGAGCGGUCAAUGGAACUGAUUGUGGUGGAGGAAGGCAGCAACGUCCUUGGCAGGGACUGGAUCAAAGCAUUUAACCUCCAGAACCACAAGAUGUCAGAACUGGCGAUUGGUCAGGUGCAACAGGAAAGGUCACUGGAAGCCAUACUGACAGAGAACAAAAAUCUCUUUCGGGAAGAACUUGGAUGCUGCCGAACCUUCAAGGCUCAUCUGCACCUGAAGCCUGGUGCAGUGCCAAAGUACUGCAAGCCACGUCCCGUUCCCUUUGCGCAACGAGAGCCCGUGGAGAAGGACAUUGAACGCCUUUAGAGAUUAGGCGUCCUGGAACGGAUCGAGCGAUCGGCAUGGGCGGCGCCAAUAGUAGUGGUGCGGAAGCAAGGCGGAGCAGUGCGGAUAUGCUCAACGACGCCCUGGAUGUGCAGCGGUAUACACUGCCCUUGCCGGACGAGUUGUUCGCCAUACUCAAUGCCGGUGAGGAAUUCACCACGAUUGAUAUAUCCGAUGCAUAUCAUCAGGUGCCAUUAGACGAGCCGAGCCGUGAAUUGGUUGCGAUAAACACGCAUUGCGGACUGUAUCGCUACACCCGACUGCCGUUCGGAGUGGCUGCAGCACCCAGCAUUUUUUGACAGAUGAUGGAAGAACUGCUGAAUGGCAUCCCUUACGUCGCCGUGUACAUGGACGACAUAAUAAUCACAGGCAGAACACGGCGGGAGCACCUUGCGAAUCUGGCCGAAGUAGCCGAACGAAUGAAGCGCAAGGAUUCACCCUGAAACAGCAGAAGAGCAAUUUCCUCCAGCUAUCGGUAGAAUACUUGGGGUUCGUGGUUGACAGAAACGGCCGACAUGUUUCCGAAACGAAGAUUCGCGCGAUCAUGGAGAUGCCAGCACCGGUGGACGUCGCCCAGGUGCGAUCCUCUUUGGAAUGAUCAACCAUUACGGCAAGUUCAUGCACCAGCUGGCGACCAAGACGCACUGCCUCAGCGCCCUGCUGAAAGUGGACGUCAAGUGGGAGUGGUCACGAAAAUGUGAUGGUGCCUUCCGCAGCCUGAAGGCGGAGCUGGCACAGGCCACAAUGCUGGUGCAUUACGAUCCUGCGAAGCCGCAAAUGCUCGCACCGGAUGCGUCGCAAAUGCUCGCAAUACGAGAUCGGAGCUGUCAUUAGCCACAGCGGACCGAGCGGUUAAGACCAGCCCAUUGCCCAUGCAUCAAAGACGUUAACGCAGACUGAACAGCGGUACGCGCAGAUAGAGAAAGAGGCGUUGGCUUCAGUCUUCGGUGUGAAGAAGUUCGACCAGUACUUGCCGGGUCGGGAGUUCACACUCCUUACUGACCAUAAGCCGUUGGUCACGGUGUUCGGCCGGAAGACUGGGAUUCCUGCGGUAUCUGCCAACUGCCUCCAGCGGUGGGCAUUGCACUCACGGCGUAUACCUUCACCAUCGAGUACCGGUCCACCGACGACGGACAGGCUGACGGAUUGAGCCGGCUGCCCCUGCACUCGAAGGACAUCUUUUAUCCCAACGACUUGGGAAUGCACGAAGCCAUCCAUGCUGUCCAAAUGGACGUGUUGAGUGAGACACCGGUGGACGCGAAGAAAAUCGCUAGUGAAACUGGCAAAGAUCGCGUGCUGGCUCGGUGUCGUCACUUGGUCCUUAAGGGAUGGCCAGAGAAGGCACCACCGGAACUUCAGCCGUACAACCGGAGACGAGUGCAACUGUCAGUGGUCGCUGGAUGUGUCCUGUGGGGAGCGAGAACGGUCAUUCCGGAGUCCUUCCAAGCGGUCCUGCUGAAACAUCUGCAUGCUACACAUGCUGGUGUGGUGCGGAUGAAGGCGGAAGCCAGAAGUCACUUCUGGUGGCCUGGACUGGACGGCGACAUCGAACGGCUGGCCAAGAAAUGCCCUGCUUGCACGAUGGCAGCAAAAGAGACGGCGAAAGUGCACUUGCAGCAGUGGCCAGUUGCCGAGAAUCCGUGGCAGCGUGUGCACAUGGACUUCGCAUGCCCGUUCCACAGCGAGAUGUUUCUCGUGAUUGUGGAUAGCUUCUCGAAGUGGCCGGAAGUCGUCAAGAUGCGGCGUACAAUGUCCGGCGACGUGAUUGCCGUGCUGGAACAUUUAUGUGGCCGUUAUGGAUACCCAAAACAGCUGGUCACGGAUAACGGGCCGCAGUUCACCAGUGCCGAGUUUGCAGACUACUGCAAAGCAAACGGGAUUGCGCACCUGCGCACGGCGCCUGGACACCCGCAAUCGAACGGGCAGGCGGAGCGGUAUGUCGGCGUUGUUGGCAGACAACAAUGCCAACAUCGACGACGCACUGCGGAAAUACCUAUUCAGGUAUCGUACGACACCGCAAGCCACCACCGGAAGUUCGCCCGAUGA